ACUCAUCAAAUCAUGCACCUGGCCAUCCGACCUCAGCUUGAGAUGGAUGCGCUCAAACGGUCUAUCGAUAUCGUUUCGUGCAACUAUCGUCCUUCAAGCAUGUCGACGAGGUGGAUGAAUUUGCUGCCUCUGGUGCAUAACUAUACAGCAGUGCGAUCAUCAGAUGAAGAAAGCAACAGAUCAGAACCCACAGCAAGCCCUGGACUACCGAAAGUCAUCUCUAGACUAUUCACUCGAAACGCACGUCUUCUUCUGGUCCUGUUUUCCAUCGGAUUGCUUGCAUACCUAGGAUCGGAGUUGUCUACCACUGACCGAUUUUCGACCGUAAAGCACAAUGGCGAUUCACCAAAUUCAUCGUUCCUCGAUGCUGAUCUUGAGUUGCACCCCAAUAGCGGGAUAGAGGUCGACUGGUCCAAGUUCGCGUAUGCGCAAUAUGUCACCGAGAAGAACUACCUAUGCAACUCUCUCAUGAUCUUCGAGACGUUACAUCGUCUGGGCAGCAGAGCGGAGCGUCUUAUGAUGUACCCCGAGCAAUGGUCCCUCGAGUCUGAGUCUCCAGAGUCGACGCUACUUCACAAAGCACAGGACGACUACAACGUCAAACUAGUGCCUAUUCACGUUCAGCAUUUCUCUGGAGAAGCCACAUGGGGUGACAGCUUCACGAAGCUCUUAGCAUUCAACCAAACACAAUAUGAGCGUGUGAUCAGUCUGGACUCUGAUGCGAACGUUCUGCAGCAUAUGGACGAGCUCUUUUUCUUACCAAAGGUCCCUGUCGCCAUGCCUCGAGCAUACUGGUUGAAAAAUACCCUAUCAUCUCAACUCGUCGUCAUCGAACCUUCGAAGCAAGAGUUCGAGCGCAUUCUAUACGCCUUCGAGCACCGCAACAGCACCGAUUUCGACAUGGAGAUCGUGAACAACCUUUACGGACAAGACUGUUUGAUUCUGCCACAUCGCCGCUACGAUCUACUCACUGGAGAGUUCCGCAGCAAAGAUCAUCACAAAUAUCUAGGAUCCACGGCUGAAGUUUGGGACCCUCGCCAGGUUUUACAAGAGGCCAAGUUCGUACACUUCUCGGAUUGGCCCUACCCGAAGCCUUGGCUCGCUGGUGCUGAAUCCGUGAGGCUGGAAGUGCAACCUGCUUGCCACAACACUACCUCAGGAGAGCACGACUGCAGUGAUCGCGAAGUGUGGAACGAGAUUUAUGUCGAGUUUAGAGAACGACGAGGGAGAGUCUGUGGCUCGAAUUUCACGCUGCACAGGCGCUCGGAGCCUCUGUAUGAUAGACAUACACUGUCACCUUUUGAGCCUGUAUUCUAG